GCUUUUUGGCAGUGUCAACAAGACGAAAGUAAGGGCCUCUUGAACGUCCUCCAGCAGCGAGAUGGCGUCAGCCGCGCUGCUGAACACGAUGGACUCGGUCUCGACGAUCGGCCGACGACAAGCUCAAAACGAGCAUGCCAACAUGAACCUACCCGCCCUGCCCAACUUUGGCGACACAGACUCUGUCUCCGACUCUGAAGUUGACAGUAGCCCGUCAAGACACCACCUCGGCGAUUCUGUCAACAUGCUCAACGGACUCGACAGCACGCUCGACGAAUCUGUCGAGAUGGGGCUCACCAAGCCAGCACGUGCAGACUCUGUGACGCCGAGCAAUCGCUUCCAUUUGCGACAUCAUGCAGACAAGGAGAACUCGCCCUCGCCCGUCGCGUCAAGCCGAGCUAGUCAGGCGAGCACAGUCCGACCAGGCCCUCGAUCGCGUUCCUCUAGCCCCAGCAUUUUGGCCGGCCAGGCAUCCCCUGCUACCGCUCGAGCGAACGGAUCGCCCGCUCCUCGUAAUGCACACUCGAACCGCUUCGCGCCUGCAUCACGUCCUCGUGCCAGGUCGAAACUUGCAAGAUAUCCAGAUGGCCACGCUCUCACAGAUGUCGAGUCGCAACAGUCGAUAGAAUCCGUUUCCGUCUCACCUGCACAGCCCAAAGAGGCAGGGCAACCGCCACAAGAUCUCGACACGACGGUCGAAGAUGUCGAGUCUGACAACGACGGACAACAGCAGGCAUUGCCGACGAACAUGCUUAACGUCAGCAUGCGCAGAAAGCAGCUCGGUCGAUCUGCCACUCGCAAGGACAUGCCGCCCUCUCCGCCGGAUACGGUCAGCUCGCUCGACAAGGAUGACUUUGCUCAGCAGAGCGCAGACGAGACUGUCUUGCCUGGAAAUGACACGCCUAACCGCAAUCUCUCAUGGCUGGCAAGCCCGAGCAAGGCAUCGGAGGGUAUGACGACGUUCGAUGAUUCGCGAGCUGCAGAUCCGGCCACGCCCGGCCCGCGAAAUGGCUCGGACUCGGCACAGUUGAGGAAAGCGUACUUGCUCGAUACGCUCAAGCGCACGGCUGUAGCCUCUACGAACAGGUUCAAGCGCGUCAAAGGCACGCCCUAUGCUCGUCGACAUGUAUCCGCCACCGCUGACCGCACUCCCAAAUACAAUCUGUCUCAGUUUGGUGCCUCUGCUGCUGACGAGAGCGACGCAAGUGCUUCGAGCAGCACCUCCGACGAUCUCACGACCUAUGGCCGGUCAAUACAUCCAAACCUCAACAACUCGCUGCCGCUGGACGAUGAUGAGAUCAACACUGACGGUCGAAAGUUGCUUUCGUACCUACAGGGCAUGCAGACCAAGCUCGCAGCGGAGAAUCACGCGCUCUUGGAAACUGUCGAAGAACAGCGAGAGAAGAUCAAUCGUCUCCGCCACGAAGCCACCAAUGCACCGACGCCUAAAGCCAAGUCGAAUGGUGCUGCUCAAAUCAGCGAACUUCAGCGCGCUCUUGAGCUAACGACAGACGAGCUCAAGACUCUGCGCGACGCUGCAUUCGAGCUCAUCGACGAGUCAGACGAGUUGGCAGCAAUCGACGCAGAGACGCGCGUUCCUGCUGCCGAGCUCACGCGACGGAUGCUCGAGCGAGCUUCUCUGGUUGAUGAUCGGAUCGAGAUGCUCGAGAACCAGCUGCAGGAGCAAGGGCAAGCUCACAAUGACAAGAUGAGGCAACUUCACGCUGAGCUUGACGACGUGAUGAGGACGCAAGAAGAAAGUAUCCAACAGCAGUCUCGGGACUUGGCGGCCGAGAGAUCUGACUUCAGCAAAGAACGCGAUGCCCAUGCGGGCGAGCUCGAUCAGCUCAGACGACUCGUUGCAGAGCAAGCCAAAGAACACGAUGCCCUCGCGAGACAGCUUUCAGUCGCGGAAGUCGCUGCUACGCAAGCUCAGACCAAAUGUGAAGCAAUUGAGCGACAACUUCGUUCGCGUCCAGUACAUUCGCCCACCGCCGCAGAUGACAAAAGCCUGCACGAGCAAUUGCGCGCUGCACAAAACCGGGUGUUGUCACUCGAGCAGGAGACAGGCCAACACAAAAUCCGUCCGCUUCAAACAGCCACCGACAGUGCAGACUCUCUGGAGACGAUCCGAAAGCUCACGACGGAAUGUGAGCGUUUGCGCAAGGAUAACCGCGACAUGCAGACCCGCUUUACCGAAACAUUGAAGAGCAAAGACAUCGAAACAAAGGCCGUGCAUGUGAAUCUUUUGAGAGCUAUGCGCCAAAGCAGCCCUUCGUCUACACCCGGCAAGUCUAUCAGUAAUAUUUCUUCGGCUACGACUGGUACAUCACCUGAGCUUUUCAAAGGCGCGAUUAAAGAUCGCGGCAGCACAUCAAAGUGCCUUGAAGGAAAGACAUUUCCAGAAGUGGCAGAGCAUGUGCAACAACUCGAUAAGCAAUUGAACGACGCCAACAUGGAAAUCAAACGUCUCACGGAGCAAUUGGCCGAAGCAGCUUACGAUAAUGUGUCACUGGCUGCUCAAUUGAAGACCCUACGCCUCGACAGCACUAUGCUAUCACGCGAGCUGCAGGAAGCCCUGGGACCACAUGAAUGGCAAGAGAGACAGCGCAGUGCUGGCAACGUCACCAACACUUAUCUCGACCAGCUAGUCGAUAAAGUCAGACAUCUUACGCAGGCAGAGGAGCGCAAUGCCAGCGUGGAAAAGGAGCUCGAUCUUGCAAAGCAGCUUGUCUACAAGCUUAAGAUGCACUUCGGGGCCAGCAAAAGUGACGCUCGCGAUCUGCUCGAAGAAUAUGGAUCCAUUGCAGAGACCGUCACGGCCCAACGCGACACUAUUCGGGCUCUCGAGAAGCAGAUUGAUGUUGUCGACACCACGACUGCGUCGAAAUUAGCCAGCGAACGCAUCACUGCCAUUUCUGUCAUCAAUCGUCUACUUACUCGCCAAGAAUCCAUCACAGACGACUUCACUAGGCUAGGAGCCAGCGUUUGGGAUGUAGAUGUCAGACUGGCAGCGCAAGUCGAAGAGAUCGACCGACUGAAAGCGGUGCUGAAGCGCAAGGAUAGCGAGCUACGCAAAGCAGGGCGCGAGCAGCGACACCUUCAUCGCAGCAAGGCAGAGAUGUUCAAAUCCAUCGACAGCCUCCGCGAGGAGCUCAAAGCAGUCCAGGAAGACGCGGUUGUGUUGGGUCGCGACAUCGACCUUGCGCUACGCGAGCCCGCCACGGGUCUGCAGCUUUCAGCGUCAGAAGCUCAAAAGUCUCUACGACAGCAGCUCAGCGAAGCAGAGCAACGGAUCACAGAGCUUGCUCAGCUAGCAAGUCAGCCAUCCUCUGACGACACCAACGAGCUUAUUGCACGCCAUCGCGAGGAAUGCCGCGGACUCUUCCAAUGGAUUGCGUAUCUCAAGAAAAGAUGUCUGCGCGAAGGGCAAUUUAGAGACGACCUCCGCCUGCAAAAGGAGUACUUGCAGACGCAGCUCGAGCGAGAACAAGUCAAAAUCGAUACGACCAGUUUGACGCUUCAGCGCUUUGGCCUGCCAUUGCUCGCUAGUAAUGAGCCAGAAGAGCGCGUGCCGCGCCUCAAGAGCGUGGCAGUCCUCGUUCUGUCGACCAUCCGUUUGCAGUAUGCUCUUUCAUGUACUUCCGAACUUGCAACUGACACGAUCGGCAGACGAAUGGCCGCAGACUGGCGAUCAGUCGAGGAAACGAAGAAGUUGGUUCGCAGCGCUUACGCCCACGUCAGGGGCAAAUCUUUUCAGGCCGAGUGAAUUUGGGUGUUGUAGUCUUCACUGUGCAUUGUAGACAACAGUCUCUCGAAUGUCGACCGGAACGUCAAUAGCAUGGCAAGC